AUUCCUUCAUUCGUCUGUUGGCUCAAUGCAACUUCUUUCUACACACAUGUAUCAACUGAAUCAUCCCACCACUGGAUAAUUCACUGGUGAAAAGAAAGGAACUCACUUCGUCCACUUUCAUUGUUGUUUGCUCUUCCAAGUUGAAAGGUACUUGGAGUUUAUUUUCGCAUCGUUUCAUCACGACACGUAAAACAAACUGAUUCUGAAUUGUCGCUGGUGAGAUAUUGAGGAGUUGGGUGGAAUGGAUAAACUGGUGGUUGUGGUGCUUUUGAGUUUGUGCCAGGUGGUGAUAUCGAUGUCAACUUGGGAUGGAUGUGGUAAUCGAUUGGAGAGAGCCCUGGACUCGAUGACCAAGGAGGGAGUCCGGAGGAUUCGACAGGAGCAGGAUGAUCCUGGGGUGAUCUAUCAGAGGAGCUUGACAUCAGCUCCACUUCUUAUGACGGUUACCAGAGUUGCUGUCAAGUUGCCACGGGACGAGAGCAGAGGGAAUUCCUGGGCUCGAGUGGAACGCUGUCAGUUCGAACCGACGAAUAAUUCCCUCCGGAGUCGAGUAAUGCUGAAUGACCUGACGAUAUCGGGUCUCGUAUCCCUGGUGCCCCAGAAGAAACAUGCACCGAUGAUGGGUGAGUCCUGCAGGAUGACCCUUCGUCUUCGUCGCGCUGGUAUCGAUUUCAUGACGAGUCCCAUCGCUCGAACCCGGGGACAGAUGCGAAUUCGCACCGAGUCCAGCUUCCUGGAGCCAAAAUUUGCGUCGAUCUAUGCAUACGGGUGCAGACCAGUGAGUCGUGUCGACAGACAGAUAAAACGUCAGGAUAAACCACCAUUUGUCCAAUCAGAUGAUCAUUACGAGGCACCUGAACCGAGAACCGAGGAGUUACGAAGAUCGAGGGAGGACAGCAUUCAAAUUGCCAAUGAGAGCACGUCCUCAGGCUUUACCUACUCGAGGUACGAUCUGUCACUCACUAGGAGUCAUCCUUGGGUUACGAAACUCCCGGAGAUGAGGAGGAGGAAGAGGUCCAAUGUCAGUGCCACGGAUUUUGAUGAUCUCGAUGGAGAAAUCAAGCAUCAAUUCCUGGUUGACGACGAGAGAGGAGCAAUUGACUGGCAGUCAAAGGAGAAUGUAGCCAGGGAGAUGGAGGAUGUGUUUCUCAGGGGAGCCAGUGAGGCAUUGACGAAGUACAUCGAGAGACAGCUGCAUCCUGCCAUUAAAGAGACACUCAUGGUCUCCAUGGGGUACACCAUUAGCUAUGGAUAAUUUGGAGAUGAAGAUUUUUGU